AUGGGCGCCUGCGGGAGGAAGGCGCUGACCCUGCUCAGCAGCGUGUUUGCCGUGUGCGGCCUGGGCCUGCUGGGGACCGCCGUCAGCACGGACUACUGGCUGUACCUGGAGGAGGGCGUGGUCCUGCCCCAGAACCAGAGCGCCGAGACCAAGACGUCCCUGCACUCGGGCCUGUGGCGCGUCUGCUUCCUCGCAGGUGAGGAGCGGGGACGCUGCUUCACCAUAGAGUACGUGAUGCCCGUGAGCACCCAGCUCACCUCCGAGUCCACGGUCAAUGUGCUAAAGAUGAUUCGCUCGGCCACGCCGUUCCCCCUGGUCAGCCUCUUCUUCAUGUUCAUCGGCUUCAUCCUGAGCAACGUCGGACACGUGCGUCCCCACAGGACCAUCCUGGCCUUCGUCUCCGGCAUCUUCUUCAUCCUCUCAGGCCUCUCGCUCGUGGUGGGCCUGGUGCUCUACAUCUCCAGCAUCAACGACGAGAUGCCCAACAGGACCAAGGACGCGGAGACCUUCUUCACCUACAAGUACGGGUGGUCGUUUGCCUUCGCCGCCAUCUCCUUCCUUUUAACGGAGAGUGCGGGGGUGAUGUCCGUGUACCUGUUCAUGAAGCGGUACACCGCCGAGGACGUGUACAGGCCUCACGCCGGCUUCUACCGCCCGCGUCUGAGCAACUGCUCCGAUUACUCCGGCCAGUUCCUGCAGCCGGACGCCUGGGUCCGGGGCCGCAGCCCCUCCGACAUCUCCAGCGACGCCUCCCUGCAGAUGAACAGCAACUACCCCGCCCUGCUCCAGUGCCCCGACUACGACCAGGUGUCCUCCUCCCCCUGCUGA